AUCAUGAACCAGGACUUUAUUCUCGAUUUCGUGGCGGGUGGAAUCUCGGCAGCCGUGUCCAAAACCAUCGUGGCACCGUUGGAGCGGGUCAAGAUCUUGUUGCAGAUCCAGGAUGCGUCCAAGCACAUCCCCAAGGAUCAGCGCUACAAGGGCAUCGUGGAUUGCUUCACACGGGUCCACAAUGAGCAGGGAUUCCUGUCCUUCUGGCGAGGCAAUGUCGUCAACGUGGUCCGAUACUUCCCCACUCAAGCCUUGAACUUCGCCUUCAAGGACACCUACAAGAAGAUGUUCAUGGACGGCAUCGACAAGGACAAGCAGUUCUGGAAGUUCUUCGCCGGUAAUCUGGCCGCCGGUGGAGCCGCGGGAGCCACUUCGCUCUUGAUCGUGUAUCCCUUGGAUUUCGCCCGUACCCGUUUAGGUGCGGAUGUGGGCAAAGCCGCGGCCGAUCGCGAGUUUAAAGGGCUCUUCGACUGCAUCGCCAAAUGCUACAAGGCCGACGGUAUGAUCCGGGGCCUCUAUCCCGGUUUCCUGUCCUCGGUGCAGGGCAUCAUCAUCUACCGAGCCAUCUAUUUCGGCGCUUAUGAUACGGCCAAGGAGAUGGUCGACAAGCCCAGUUUCUUGACCAAGUUUGCCAUCGCUCAAACUGUGGCCGCCGUGUCGGUUUCGGUGGCAUAUCCCUUUGAUACGGUUCGACGACGACUCAUGAUGAUGUCGGGUGAGGGUGAGAAGAUGUAUUCGGGCACCACGGAUUGCUGGAAGAAGAUCAUGCGGGACGAGGGUGCCAAGGCCUUCUACAAGGGCAACUUUACCAACGUGAUCCGGUCGGUGGGAUGCGCAUUAGUACUGGUUCUUUAUGACGAACUCAUCGCCGUUUUCAAGGAUGCGGCCAAGUAGACCGACAGUCCUAGCGGUAAACUUCGAAAACUGGAGUAAAUAGUGGAUCAAUCUAUAUUUUUUAAAAGAGACGUGGCUGUUAGAUGUGAUCACAGUAAACCAUUCCGAAGCAUUUCAAAAUGUCAUCCCACACUAUCAUCCAUAUCGUUUGCUCCCUCUCCCAAUGGAAACGUGAGUAUUUUGGCUAUCGUUGAACCCCCUGUGUCAACAGAUUUGUAAACAGCCAUGGAAUAAAGGGGUCAAAGAAUA